AUGGCUUGGAUAACUGAUGCUGCCGUUUCGCAGUUCCCAUUGGCCACGGUCCUGAAGCAGCAGGGAGCUCUUCCCACAUCCAACAUGUUUACCGCUCUCCCCGAAAACCGAGUGCUUCGCAUCUUUCAGCUCAAUGCACUGACGACACAGGAGGAGGUUGUAGAGAUCCUUCGUGGUUAUCUGUUAGACAUAUUCAACAUAGGAGCUCUUCAAUCAUACCGUUAUGUUUACCAGGACGAGUUUAGCUUUCUUCUCGACGUCAUUCUCUUUUUCGGGUCGACUUGGAGGUGCGGUCAGUCCGUGGGAGAUCGUAUGCAGAACCUUGUUUUACGCAAUGAGAUCAAAGCACUGGAAUCUGGGCAGAGCGACGCUGUACAGCUGGUCCAUUCACUCGUGCCAAGCCGCGCUCGUCUUCUUUUGUAUGGGGUACUUAAUCUCUUCGUACCUUAUUUAUUCCGAAAACUGCAGCGGCGGACCUUGGAGGAAGGUUGGGAGGACGGGGGCGCAGGCGUUGUUAAGCGUAAAUUGGCCAAACUACUGAAGGCUGUAUCCGUUUCGUGGAUGAUCAUCUCCCUGCUACACACCCUGCACUUCCUUGCUACAGCGCAGUAUCGCACGCCUGUGGAGAGAAUGCUUUCACUUCGGCUAGUAUACGGUAGCCAGGAUACUCGGAGGUUUACGAACCUUAUCUACUUGAACCAACACAUAUUUUGGCAGAUAUGGAGUUCUUUCAUAAGUGUGCUCAAUAUCGGCCGAUACACCUCAAGAGUAACUCGGUUUCUGCAAGCUUUCACAGCGAAGCCGGGAAAUCCCUCUUUGACCGAUAAUGCAUGUUCUGCAUGCCACAAUAAGCCAACACUCCCACAACGAUCAAACUGCGGGCACUUGUAUUGCUAUUACUGCAUCAAGAGUCGCCUGUUAGGUCCUGGCUCCGCAAAGUCGUUUAGAUGCUUGCGUUGCGGAACGGUUGUAAGCACAACCACCCCAUGGGCACAGUGA